AUCAGGUGCGCUCAGCACAUGAUGAGAAAUGUCCUGAAGGCGAGUUUCAAAAGAGCUUAAACCCAUGCUGUCUGCAUAGACUGUACAGUCUAUGGUUGUCUGUCACCGGAGCUCAUUAAUGAAAGUUCCAGUUUGUGCUCCGUGCGGCUGCUCGCUGACUGCAUGUUCUGGACGGACUGACGCUGGCUGGCAGGCAGGCGGGUGGUCGACGGCAACUGUGAGCUCCGUCUGAGGUAAACAAGAGGCGGCAGACGGUGAAAGUGAAAGGAGCUCCGUAAGUGUGAAAAAAACACCCGAUCAGGCAGUCCCCACACAGACAGACGACGCAGGGAGAGAGGCCCCGGGUCCAGCUUCGAGGCGGCAGCAGCUUAGCAGACAGCCAUGGCUAACAUCGCGGUCCAAAGGAUCAAGCGGGAGUUCAAAGAAGUUCUCAAAAGCGAAGAGACAAGUAAAAACCAGAUUAAAGUAGAUUUGGUGGAUGAAAACUUCACAGAGCUGAGGGGUGAGAUUGCAGGUCCUCCAGAUACACCAUAUGAAGGUGGCAGGUAUCAACUUGAAAUAAAAAUCCCAGAAACAUAUCCUUUUAACCCGCCAAAGGUGCGUUUCAUCACCAAGAUCUGGCAUCCUAACAUCAGUUCUGUGACAGGAGCGAUAUGUCUGGACAUUUUAAAAGACCAGUGGGCAGCUGCUAUGACCCUGCGGACGGUGCUGUUGUCUCUACAGGCUCUUCUUGCUGCAGCAGAACCAGACGAUCCACAGGAUGCAGUAGUAGCAAACCAGUAUAAGCAGAACCCAGAAAUGUUCAAGCAGACUGCAAGGCUGUGGUCUCACGUCUAUGCGGGCGCUCCGGUCUCCAGUCCUGACUAUACACGGAAAAUAGACAAACUCUGUGCCAUGGGCUUUGAUAAGAAUGCAGUAAUAGCGGCCUUGUCUUCAAAAUCCUGGGACGUGGAAACGGCGACAGAGCUGCUGCUCAGCAACUGAAGUCCAGCCAGGUGUGAGGAUCCAAGAAACUCCCUUCAUCAUAGCGUCAGCUCCUCCCUGGCAUCAUUCCACCAUCGCCUUUUUGUUAAACAGACAGCACCCCAUUCAUCGCGGCAGUCUCAGCCCUCUUUUGUAACAGUUUACUUUGCUACAAACUCGACACCGGUAGCACCACAGUUGCCAAUAUGCACACCGCCCUGUUGCCUGUCUGUUUCCUCUGUUCAUUAUGCCGAGUCUUUUGUUCCACUAACUCCAAAUGUGUGUUCUUGUAAUAAGCCCCGAAAAACUCUCAAUCAUGCAUCUUAUCUUCCAUGCCCUUUUAUUAAGCCCUUUUCAGACACGGGAUAUGUAACGUCGCUGGCCUGGCAUUCUGUCGUUAAGACAUCGGUCACUUUUACGUGAAUGUUCAGACACAGCCAGCACAGUGAUGGAGAGAGUCAUGGUACAGUGUUGAUCAUACAUGCAAAACUGGACAGUACAUCAAGUAGUUAUUGAAGUUAUUUCUGUAGAUGCACACAACUCUCUCUCUCUGCUCAAAUGGGUCCUCCUGUAUUUAAUACACUCACACGACAGAUUCCUACAAACAACCGUGCAGUUCAGACUCAUGCUGUUCUCCAGAUUCCUUACUUAGUAGUAGGAUUAUCAUCGCAACUUGUACGGAAAAGUGAUCAGAGCGCUUAAUCAGCCUUGAUGUCGACACGUUCAGAUGCCGUCACGUUAAAAGAGGGGAGCACUUACGUGAAAGGGGGCUUUGCAUCUGCUCUGAAACUUUUUUUUUUCCCAUCAGUUUCUUUUUCUUAAUAUUGCAAAAGGUCGAACAACUGCCACUGCCUGGUGGAUUUUCCAGGGUAAAAUGUGAGGGAAGUCCUGCAUACUGCUCACUCUACAUCGCCAUCCUUGGGCCGUGUGUCAGAUUCUUCCUUACGGACUUCUAAUACUGUCAAAGUCUCGCUGGAUUGAUUUACUUGACUGGAUAGUGCUGUGCAUGAGCAGUGUUAUGGUUUUUUUUUCCUCAACAAGUUUAUCAUAGACGCUUCGAUCCACGCAGAAGUUUGGAUGUGCAAGUUUUUCCUUUCUGUCUGUAGAAUAAAAGAUCACACACAUGCACACAUCCUCCGACACAUGCACAGAAGAAAAAAGUUAUCUGUAAAUAGAUGCGUGUAAAUUUGAAAAUACAAUGGGGAUAUACUUUUUUUCUUACAUGGCAUUGUAAAACAAAUUAUUUUAAAUAUAAACUAUGCCUAGUUUACAAUUAUAUGGAGAGAUAUCUUUUUAUGCUUUUGUGAUCCAUGAAUACUCCCUCUGAAUGUCAUGCUGUUUAGUUGUUUUUUUUUCUUACUAUUGUCGUUUAGGGGUGGCGCAGCCAAAAGUGCAGGAGGUUAACAGCCAGCUCAGGCCCCUGAAGGUCCUCACAUGCCACCGUUUCUGCUGCACCACAAUCCAACCUUUUCUCGUGUCUUAUCGUUCUUGCAUGUUCCGUUGCCUUUAGUUCCUUUGGCCAAAUGAUGUGGUGGGUGUCUGUUAGACGUGAGACACUCGGGGACCUCUGCACGGAAAACCACUCUUAGUUGGUGUUACACAUGUAGAGAACCAAAGCAUUUUUUUUUUAAUUUUUACGAGUAUGUUGCUGGAAAAUGCUGUGAACAGAUUUGUCAGUAUGAAAUGAGUGGCUUUGAAUGUCUUUAGGGGUUUAGGUUUGCAGUGUUGUGGUGUGGGUUUUUUUUUUAAGCUCAUUUCAGAGCGGUCAUUAUCAGCCACGGAUUAAGGAUCUGCUCACUGUGGAUGGAGGUGAAGCUGUACGACUCAUCACUGAUCCACUCUGGCAGCACUCAAUCAAAACUUUGGCCAUACUUACAGGUGUAUAGGCGACGACCUAUAUUCCCAGACAUGCUUUAUUACACAGCCAAAUAAAAUGCUCUCUGAGGUUGUCUUUGAAUUAUGUCUUAUGAGUAGUAAAAGAGGCUGGAACUCCUAGAUAGCAGGCCUGCACAGUGUUUUAUGAUGAUCUGAGGUACAUGGACUGUGUAGAGAAGCGGGGUGUAGAUGCAUCCUCAUGCAGGGCUGGUUUUUUUUUUUAAGAAUUCUCUUCCUUUUUGCUUGACCUCUAGCUCGGUCCCUACCAGCACACUGACAUAAACCAGUACGACACGGCGUUACGGUGCAACCUUCUCUGCUGACAAUGAGCGAGUUUCCAGCCAGAGCCAAAACACACACGCCGUCUCCUUUACUUGUAAAUAGCUGGAUUCAGUUCUUGAUAGAGCCAUCCUGUAAUCACUAGAGCGCACCGUCGACGACUGGGUCUACGUUUUGUAAGAAAAAGAAAGGACAAAAAAAGGAAAGGGGCCACCUCCCCAUCUUCCCGGUGUUCUCACUAUGUACAAUAUUGCACGAUGAUGAAGCAUAAAAAAAAAGGGGCUGUUGCAUCUCAGUUUCUCCAUUUGGAUUGAGACUUAUUUUCCUUGGACGCGAGCAUCAGCAGUAUAAAAAAGCAUGGUUAUUUAUUGUGACAGUGUCAUGUUUCUUUGAUUAAAAAAGUGGGAAAACCAA